AUGACCCAAAAGAUAGGAUACGCCGAAGUCGCGGAGUGGAUGGCACGUGAUGUCGACAACGAGACGCUGAUAUAUCGCCGUUUCGAUGAGCUGGCCGCUCGGAAUCUAUUAUAUCUCCAGUCGGAGCUACUCGAUCUAGAAAAUGAGUUGAGCGAACUCGACAAACAAGAUGCUGAAGACGAGGACAUGGACUGGCAAGAAGUUGUGAUCACUUGGGAAAAGCUCGACAAGCUUGCGACGGGUAGAGGUCAAGGCGAAAAACAGACAAUACCAGAAUCUUCGGCGUCCAAAGCAAAACGUCGUAUGGAACUAGUCGAAAAGAUACGCCAAAAACUAGAAGUAUAUCAAAAAGCAUUACUACGUCAAAGCGAGGUCGCCAGACUAAGGAAACCAAACAAACGAGUCCUAGAAGCCUUCAGGGCAUGGUUCACGGGGAUGCCCAGAUUAUUCGGAAAAGCACAAAACUUCCUCAACAACCCCGAUGAUCUUGUCGCCCUGAACCCGGCACAAGAAACCGACUACCUAUCGGAGUAUCUCAGGCGGAACUGGCCUGUAGAUAAAGAUACUCAUUGCGACGGCGUCACCAUAGGACGCUACGCAGAAUCUUCGAUUUCUAUCGCAGUCGCCUUCAUCAGCAUACUCGUAGCCGCGAUCCUCCUAGUAGGCUCCAUCACGGGGCUCUACUUCGUGCGAAACGACGCGGCCAAACUCGGCCUGAUCGCUUUUUUCACGGCCCUGUUCGCACUCAGCGUCGGACUGAUGACGAACGCGCGGAGGGCGGAGAUCUUUGCCGGAACAGCAGCAUAUGCCGCCGUGUUGGUUGUAUUCGUGAGCGGCGAUCUGUCGAGCUCGCAGGGCUCAUGA